UUACGUGGCGGCGGACGGAAGCAUCGAUCAAGCUUGCUGGGAGUCUUGGCUUCCGAUUGUCCUCCGACUCACCAACUCCGCACUAGCUCUCCUCCUCCCACACAAAUUUCUUCGCUACGAGCUACCUCAUAAGCCUACGGAAGACCAGUCGCGGUUGAUGCUGCGUGAGCUUGCGGAUCGUUGGGCCCGCGUUCGCUACUUCGGAUAGCUGGAGUUGUUUUGAGAGUGGCGGAGGUCGCGGAGAAGUUUGUGAACGACCCCGGAGGAGUGAAGAUAAUAUUUCUUUUGUUAGAUUUCCUUUGCACAACUCGCCACGAUGCACGUCUCAGAGAUGCUUGCCCAGUCGAGGGCAGAGGGGAAGCCCACCUUUUCCUUUGAGUUCUUUCCCCCCAAGACAGCCCAGGGCGUCCAAAACCUCUACGACCGCAUGGACCGCAUGCACGGCUUCGGCCCCAAGUUCAUCGAUGUCACCUGGGGCGCUGGCGGUCGCCUCUCCCACCUUACCUCCGAAAUGAUCAAGGUUGCCCAGAGCGUCUAUGGCCUCGAGACGUGCAUGCACCUGACCUGCACCGACAUGGAGAAAUCGAAGCUGGACGAGGCUCUGAAGGAGGCAUACCAGGCAGGGUGCACCAACAUCCUGGCUUUGAGGGGAGACCCACCGAGAGAACAGGAGAAGUGGGAGGCUACUAAGGGUGGUUUUCGCUAUGCUAAAGACCUGGUCAAAUAUAUCCGGGACCGGUACGGAAACCACUUCGACAUCGGCGUUGCGGGAUACUCAGAAGGCUGUGACGAUAACAAGAAUGUGGAUCAGCUCGUCGACCACCUGAAAGAGAAGGUGGAUGCGGGCGCUACGUUCAUUGUUACCCAGAUGUUCUACGACACCGACAUCUUCCUGGACUGGGUGAAGAAGGUCCGUGCGAAGGGCAUCGAUAUCCCGAUCAUCCCCGGUAUCAUGCCGAUUCAUACAUACGCCGCCUUCCUGCGCCGUGCCAAUUGGACCAAGUGCCACAUUCCGCCUCACUGGACCGAAGCGCUUGAGCCGGUCAAGAACGACGACGCAGAGGUCCGCGAGGUCGGCAAAGGCCUGGUGGCGGACAUGUGCCGCAAGCUCAUCGACGCCGGCAUUCUCCACCUGCACUUCUACACCAUGAACCUCGCUCAAGCCACUCGCAUGGUCUUGGAAGAACUGGAGCUGCUUCCAGACGUCGAAAGCCCGCUACAGAAGCCUCUGCCCUGGAGACCUUCGCUUGGCCUCAACCGCCGCGAUGAGAACGUGCGACCCAUCUUUUGGCGUAAUCGUAAUCGAUCAUACGUCGCUCGUACGCAAGACUGGGACGAGUUUCCUAACGGCCGCUGGGGAGAUGCUAGGUCUCCCGCUUUCGGUGAACUGGAUGCCUAUGGUAUCGGUCUGAAAGGCACUAACGAACAGAACAUCAAACUCUGGGGCUCGCCGGUGUCGAUCAAAGACAUCUCGGACCUGUUCGUUCGCUACAUGGAAGGCAAGCUGAACUCGCUGCCCUGGAGUGAAGCGCCGAUCACCAAGGAGGCUGAGUCACUCCAGCAAGAUCUCAUUGACCUGAACCGACGUGGAUUCCUUACCAUCAACUCCCAGCCAGCAGUCAAUGGAGCCAAGUCAUCUCAUCCCGUCUAUGGCUGGGGACCUCGCAACGGCUACGUCUAUCAAAAGGCAUACCUGGAGAUUUUUGUCUCUCCCGAGCAUAUCGCCGAGGUCAUCACCAGGAUUGAGCGCGACCCUGACUUGACCUAUUACGCCGUGAACAAGGAGGGCGAUUUGAAGACGAACGCACCCGGUGAUGGUCCGAACGCGGUAACCUGGGGCGUCUUCCCUGGCAAGGAAAUCGUGCAGCCGACCAUUGUCGAGACGGUGAGCUUCCUAGCCUGGAAGGACGAGUUCUACACACUCGGGCAGGAGUGGGCGAAUUGCUACUCCUCCAUCAACCCUUCUCGUUAUGUCAUUGAAGAUCUCAUGGAUACUUGGUACCUUAUCAACAUUGUCCACAACGAUUUCCAUGUAGAACACGGCAUAUUCCCUCUAUUCGAAGGUCUUCAAGUAGCGAACAUGGAGAAACCGCUCCACCGAACCGGCACGCCCACCCCGAUUGCGACUAAUGGUGAUGCCGCCAGCAAUGGUGACUCCGGUGUCAAAGACCGCAAACCGAAACUUGACGAGCUUGUGGAUGCGGCGAAAUCAGCUGCCUCAGCUGUCACUAAUGGCCUCAACAGCCUAAAAGUAUCUAAUUGAUAUGUUAUGGUACUGCGACGAUAUUACGAUCUUACUGCAUUCAACACGGAAGACCGGUCUCC